AAGGCGGGCAAGGCGUGUGGCUGUUGUGGAAGGUGUUGGGGCUGUGCGGUGUCGGGGAGGCAGCAGGAAAACGCACCGAGUCUCUCUGAGCAGCACCAGGAUGGAGGAGCCCACUGGGAAUCUUCCCUUCCGCAGAGACAACAUCCUUGCCGAGUCGUGCUGUGGUCACGUCACCAUAACAAACCUGGUGGAAGUGCUGAGAUCUUUGGUGGCUUUAACUGACCCUCAGGAGGGGAAGCUGACUCAGUCUCAAGAGAAAGCACUAAACUUGCUGGGCAUUUGGAAAAGUGUAUUUAGAGUUGUUCCUGGGCCUACAUCAAAGACCUCGGUGGAGUGACAGCUCAAAGAUGGGAGACCAGGAGGCAGGUGAACCUUUUCUGGGGAUAGUGGCUGAUGGUGGCAGAGACUUUGAAGGAGCUCUGCCCUCAGACACGGUGUCACUCAGCGAUUCUGACUCUGAUGACUUGGGGCUGGCGGAUGAAGCAGAAGUUGAUACAAUAUCUCCCGAGGAGCCAUCUGUAGAUGAAGGGGAUUCCAGAUCAGGAGAGACACCUGACUCUUCAAACAGCAGAUCUCCUGUGCAGCCAUUCCAUCUGAAGGGCAUGAGUUCUACGUUCUCUCUCCGUAGCCAGAGCAUUUUUGAUUGCCUGGAAGAGGCAGCCAAGCUGUCUGUGCCCUCGAUGCCUGAAGAUAAUGUUGUUGAUGGGAGGUUCAAGCGCCCAUUGCCUCCAACCACAGUUUCAGGUAACGUGGUCCCAGAAAACAUGGGAAGGCAAGCCAGAGCAGUGCAGGCUCCCAGAACCUCUCCUGCAGUGCCUGACUACGUGGCACACCCGGAGCGCUGGACCAAAUACAGCCUGGAGGGAGUUUCAGAGUGCAGUGACAAGACUAACAGGGCAGUGGCCAUGGAAUUUCUAGGUGGUUUGAAGAAAAGAGGGGAGCAACAGGGCUCGGCUACUCAAGACAGCUACACCCAGUCCUUCAACCAGGACCCUUCCAGCUGUGGAGCUGGGAGGAUUGUCUUCACCAAACCAACCAAAAGAGGUGUUGAUGGACUGGAAAAGAAAACAUCAACAGGGGAGGAUGAUAAAAAACAGGUAAAGACAGAUCUGAAAGGAAAAUCUCUUAAGAAGGCUGAUGACCUGAGGGAAGAGGAUAAGGUUGAGCUGGGGCACUUAGACAGUGACAGUGGAAAGGCAGCAGAGGAGGAGGAGUGCAUGAUGGAAGGGGACCAGAAAACAGAACAUAAACCUGAUGCAAGGCUUAGUGGUGCAGGUGAAGAGCCAUCGCUGGGAACAGUUGGAUUCCACUGCAGUAAGAAGAAGAGCAGGAAAAAUUUCCGACCUAAAGCAGAUGAUGAAGGGGAGGAAGAAGAGUCCUAGAGGAUGAAGCACAUUGGAGACAUCCCAGGACUUGUCUUGGUCAUUUUUUUCCUUCUCUCUUUUUUUUUUUCCCCCCUUUCUGGUCUGAAAACCACAUGAUAGCUUUUUGUCCAACAGUUUGCAUCAUAGCCACCAAGAAUGUUUUAUAUUGUUAGAAAUCAAGCUACCUAAAAUAAACUCCAGCCUUUUUGUUUAUGAGAAUUCCAUGGGCACAGGAUAGUUGCAUCCUGGCAGGAUAGAAUAAAGUGUGAUAAUUCAGAGCUGAAGUAUCCAAAGAAACAGAAGUGUUAGCUAAACGGUUGCAGGGCUUCCUAGUAACUCCCAGUUUUGGAAUUGUUCCCAAAUCCUGUGGAAUCAUGGAGAAAAGGUGAUGAGCUCAUUAUGUAGAGAUUUUUAAACUUUAUGAAAAUAAAACCUAGUCUUCCACUGCAUGUGAUUUCUUCUGGCCCUGUCCCAGGGAGGAAAACCUUUUAACUUUUUUGUUUAAAAAAUCUUUCUGUCAUUGCCAUUGAGGGUGAAAGCACAACAGUGCCCAGUUACAUGAUGUGAGGAUCUGCACCUUUGUAUGUCCUUUCCAAGAGGUGCUGCUUCCAUACUGAUUCUAUAUGUGGAUUGGGGCGUUUGUGGGAAUCAGCUAUUUAUACCAGAACUGGGAACUUUUUUUUUUCUAUGUGAUACAAUAAACUUCUGGUUGUAACUUGAUUUCUUGUCUGAACCACACUGAGUAAUGCAGCUGUAGGAGUUUUACCAAACAUUUUAUUUGAUUCCUAAACUGCCUUGAAAACUUUUUAAAGUGUUACUCUAACUUUGCCAUCUUGUUAACUUCUCCCUCAAGUCUUAGAGAUUCUAAACCUCACAUUUUUAACAUUUUCAAUCAUUUUACAAUGUACAAUCCCCUCAUAGGAUGAGUCAUCUCAUACAAUGAAUCACAUUGUAGGGAAUGUCAAAUAGAGUGGGUUUUUUUCCACAGUGCUAGUAAAUUUAAUAACUAAGGUUGAAAGAUUAAAUUCUUUGAAAGGUUACAUGAUUUGAGACUCAAAUUAGUUCAGGUCACUUUGGACUGACAUUUUUUGGGUCAUUAUUCUAAAUGAACCAAUCCCAAGAGUAGUAUUUACAAUUGUGUAGUGAAAGAUUAAUUUUGAAGAGUUUGUGAUAUUUCUCGGUAGAUUGUGCUUGCUCAAACUCUGAAGGGUGUUUGAGGGGGUGACUUCAUCUUAGCAGUAAUUAACUGGGAGGCCCAAAUCACUUGGGCUUUGUGUUUGAACUGAUGCAUCAUUUGGUAUUAGAAGCAGAAAACAGUGUAAAAGGAGCAGUUGUGCUCCAUUUUUCUAAACUCACCUUUUAGUUUUCAGAGCAGAAUGUAUGUUCUCAUGAGUAUGCAGUUGGAUGCACAUUGCUUAGUGGGUCAUUGGUAAAUACCUUGGUUGUUCCAAUGCAUGUGAGUGGACACACACAGCAGGUCCCAAUGGAUAGAUUUUGGGUUCCAGUGGAUAAUUAGUGUGCUGAUCACAUUAAAAUAGUCGCCAUUUCAAAAUGGAAACUGCUGCCAAGAGCAGGGAAUGCUUGUUGUGAGAUAUCUGUUAUUUCUUAACAAAAAGUGCAGCUCAGUAGUACCAGCUUACUGGGUUUAUGAGUUCUGCUUGCCCAGGGUGAGGAACAGGUAGGACUAUCAAAAUUCCAUCGCUGCUAAUGGAGUCACAGGUCUGGGGCACAGCUGAAUAAACUGGACAAAUGCCUGUUUCAUUAAGACAUCAUAACAAGAUUAAUAUCUGGUAAUAAAAGGCUCAUUUUUGUCAGAGCUGAGAUUUAUUUUUUUUUUCCACCUCUAGUAACAGAAAGCUUUUGUACAAUCUACAAUUACAUUGCAUAGAGACAAUAUUAUACAUGUGAGGAAAUGCAGUUAAAGUUUGUAUCAGAGUCAGACACAGCCCAAUACUUCCCCCUUCUGAUGCUGUUUAUAUUAUUCCAAGGAAAUUUCCCCUUAGAGAAUGGUAUUGAUAUUUUUGUGGUAUAUCUUGCAAAAUUCGAAUAAAGCCAGUGAAUUUUUAUAUGCUAAAAAUAUACAAGCCAGUUUAAAUAGUGGACAAAGCCACAAACAGCCCAAAUUCUUAGACUGCACGAUAAUUCUUGGUACACAUUCUUGUUUUAAAGUCUCUUAGGUAAUUUCUUUUUCCCCUGACCCUUGAGAAAGAAAAGUAGAAUGAAAUCAGAUGCUUAGAUGUAGAGGAGGUAUUCCAUGUGGUGUGAUACAUGGAGGCAAAGGCUCCUUUUCAGCAGGGAACUGGCAGCAGCUGUGAUGGGGCAUGGGCCCAACAAAAACCAGGUGAUUCCACUCUCUGAGGUUGAGUGAGGAGCCCUUUAGAAGGAAUACCAGCAA